UUACUAUGUCGAACUCUGUGGAUUCACCGGACGACAGUGAGUCGAACUUCUAUUUUGUUUCAGCGAUAGUAUAUGCUGCAGUGAUAAUCGUUGGGCUUCCUCUGAACGGCGUGUCUUUGUGGGUGCUGCUUCGUCGGCACGGGCUCAAAUCUCCAAGCUCAGUGCUCAUGACGAACUUGGCGCUGUCCGACUUGCUGUUGGUGUUAUCGCUGCCAUUGCGCGUGUACUACUAUGCCACAAAAAGCUGGCCUUUUAGUGCGCAACUGUGCGUGUCCGCCUUGAUCCUCUUUCGCAAUAACAUUCGGACUAGUUCUGUUUUUAUUACUUUCAUCAGCAUGGACCGUUUGCUCGCGGUGGUCUUUCCGCUCCGUUCAAGGUCUCUGCGCACCACUACGUGCGCUUGGAGAGCCUGCGUCUUCGUUUGGAUCCUAAUCAUCGCCCUCAGCACCCCCGAAUCUCUCGCAAUUGCACGGACGCUAAAGGACAAUGGAACCACGAACUGUUUAGAAAUCAGAGUCCCGGCGUUAAUGAUCGUUGGCUACAUACAGUCUAUAACUGUAUUUGUCCUGUUCGGACUUAAUGUCAUAUCCACUGUUAUGGUGACGAGGGUGCUGAUAAAGAAAUCAGACGUUGCGACGAAAGCGAACAACAGGUUGAACGUGGUUGUUAUUUUCGUCAUCAAUUUACUGGUGUUUGCCGUCUUCUUUCUACCGUUCUCAGUAGCAAUCAUGCUUACCACUCUCACAUCUGAAGACAGUUUUAGACGUGUGCGCGCGACUAUUUGUCUCGCGAGCAUUAACUGUUGUCUGGAUCCGCUCAUUUACUACUUCUCUUUGGACGCGUUUUGGCGUGACAAGGACAAACUAAGCGGAGACACAGUUAACAGUUAG